AUGAAGGCUUUGAAGGAACAGCGAUGCGAGCGAGAGCCUCCUGUUGACGUUGACGUUGACGAUGACGAUGACGACUUUGCUGGACUCGCUUGCCCUCUCGACGACCUUGAAGCUGUCGUCAUCCUUGAAAGUGAAACCACGACUUUCGAUCCCUUCUUGUUCGACAACGUCAAACUUGAUGACCACAACAUGGCAAUUGAAGAGAAGCCCAAGAAACCACCAUCUCACGGCAAAGGGAAGAAUUUGGAGACCCUCCGCUUGGUGCUAUGCGGACCACCUCCAUCUUCUUGUCAACAAAACCCUAUGGGGCCAACAAUAUCUGAUGCUCACCAUCAACGGCAACACUGGGAUGAUGAAGAGAAGUUGGAGAAUAGCAAGCGCAAGAUUCACCAAGGCUAUCAAGAGUUCCAAAACAAGAGAAAGAAAAUUCAACUUCUUGACGUCAAGAACUUGCCUUUGCCGUCUAAGCCUCAGCGAGGCCGGGUUUUGAGCGAGAACAAGCCGUUGAUCAGUUCGAGGAAGCGCCCAGAGCCUUCUGAUUUUUCGGAGAGCCAACAAAACCCUAAGGGGCUCACAAAAUCUACUGAUCAUGAUCUUCAUCAUCGGCAAGAUUGGGAUGAUGAAGAGAAGUUGGAGACUAGUGUUCGGAAGCUUCACCAAGGCUAUCAAGAGUUCCAAAACAAGCGAAAGAAAAUUCAAGUUAUCGACAUCAAGAACUUGCCUUUGCCGUCUAAGCCGGGACGAGGUCGGGUUUUGACAAAGAACAAGUUUCUGACUAGCUCCAGGAAGUGCCGAGCCUUCUGA